GUUUAGGAAAAGAUUGUCCAGUCAGGCAUGCCGCCCAAGUCCCGUCUCAACGAUUUUCCCUUCUCCGAGAACCUCAUCUUGGACGCGCAAAUUUCUUGCUUAAGGGGUGAAGGGUUGCUGGUGUGACGAGCUGAGGAGCAGCCACGUUGUCCGUCUUUUGUGAUCACCACCACCACCACCACCCCGAGCGCAUCGAAAAGAGCCGUCCGCAUGGUCUGCCGAUCAACGUACGUCGCGGGCGCAGCUGGGGGCGUGGCCUGCGAACGUCUGGACGCUCUCAUCGCACGUUUCGCACCGUCUGGCAGGGCAUCUCGUCAGUCUGCACACCCACCGUGCUCGCGCCGUGCAGUGAGUUCCGCGCCGCGACAGUGCGACACCAAGUGUGCGAGCCAGUGCGCAUUUCGCGAAAGGCCACCGCCUGCCGAUCCGUAGCCCGCAACUCGUUUACAGAGGCGGGCCAACCACGAGGGAGUUGGUCGGAGUCUUCAGGUACGGACUGGUUCGACUGUGCCCCUGUCUCGAUGCUUUGUGGCAUGCUCAGGUCUUGAGGAUCGGAAACAGUGCCUGGCAUCCUCUCAGCGCUCUAGAAUCCGCCAUCCGCGCGCAACGCAGGGAAUGUAUCGCAGAAUGACGGCGCAGAAGCUGACUUCGGCAUCACUGCGCCCCAGAGCGUGUUGCGAUCACGGCUCAAGCAUGACGGGAUAUCCAUGUGCAAGCCUAGCUCAGGCCGAUGUGUACCCCCUUGCUCUUCGUUCGCUACUUGAGGGCUCUCCAGCGUUGAAAUCGCCGCUACUCGAGCCUAUCUGCAGUUCCAAGCAUGCGUAUCAUUGUCAGCGGUAUUCGGAUCACCUUACGUGCAAAGAUCGCGACCAUGAUUCAGACGACCUUUUGCGUUUUGGGUCUCGUUCGUCGAACCCCCGCGCGCGUGCAGCCAUUGAUUCCAGAGUACAUUAUGUCUGUAUUCCUUGCCAUUCGCUGUUUCGGGGUCUCCUAGUCUUCCGUCUCUAAUGUAAAAAUUUUUUUUCUGUUUUUAUAUCCUUAUGAAC